GGGGCCAGGUGAACUGACUCGGGAACCCGCGGGUGCGGCCGGAGAAGGUGGGGCUGGCUGGGGCGGGGAGGGAGGUCCGGAGCGGUAGAGCCUCAGGCUUCGGCCUGGCCCCAGCCUGUCACCAGCUCCGCGGGUCCCGGCCCAGAUGUGGAAGACUGAGGACUGUUGAAAGUACAGAGUUCAGCCCCUGCACCCUCUGCCCCCAAGAGCUCCAUGCAGGUGCUACAGGAUGGAGAGGACCUUGCCAGCCAGCCCUGGUACCACGGCCCCCUGUCCCGUCAGAAGGCUGAGGCCCUCCUGCAGCAAGACGGGGACUUCUUGGUUCGAGCCUCCGGGUCCCGGGCGGGCCGCCCCGUCAUCUCCUGCCGCUGGCAGGGCUCAGCCCUGCACUUCGAGGUGCUCCACGUGGCCCUGCGUCCCCGGCCAGGCCGACCCUCAGCCCUCUUCCAGCUGGAGGAUGAACGGUUCCCAAGCCUGCCCUCCCUGGUUCGCAGCUAUGUGAUCGGGCAGCGUCCACUGUCCCGGGCCACAGGGGCUGUGGCCUCCAGACCUGUGAUACGGCACGGACCCAUUCGACGCAGUUUUAGUGAGGACACCCUCCUAGAGAGUCCAGCUCGGUCAGAGCUGCCUAGGGCUAGGAAGUGGAGUGACAGUCAGCCCGCAGGUUUGGAGCACAUGGGGCGGUCAAGAGAAGACCACUCUGAACCAGGAGCCUCCGCUGUGCCCAUGUGCGCCCUCCCUCGGAUGGGUAGUGACCCCGGGCUGCUGAAGACCCCGUCUCCUCUGGGGUCCGUUGUUGACAGCCUCAGAGCCUCCGAUGGGCAGCUUCAUGCCAAGGCACCAACCAAGCCACCUCGAACACCCUCACUGGUGCUGCGGGAGGCAUCUGAAUGCCCCCCAACAUACUGUGAGCUGGUGCCCCGAGUGCCCAGUGCCCAAGGAACCCCCCUGGGCCACACAGGCCCAGAGACAGAGGCCCCAUGGUGGGAAGCCAGUGAGGAGGAGGAGGAAGAGAACAGAAGUUUUGUAAGACCCGAGGCUGAGAUCUCUUUCUGGCCCCCUAACAACCCCUUCUGCCUGCUGGGCCCCCAGAAUCGGCCCCUGGAACCGAGAGUCCUGAGUACUCUCCGUGACCUAUUCCUGGAGCACCAUCCUGUGAGCACGGCCCUGCACCUAUUAUUGGUGGAUUGCCAGGCUACAGGCCUCCUAGGAGUGACCAAGGCUCAGCGGUGUGCCAUGGGGGUCGCCUCUGGCCUGGAGCUGCUCACACUUCCCCAUGGGCAUCGCUUGAGGUUGGAACUUCUGGAAAGACACGAGGCGCUGGCGCUGGCCGGGGCGCUGGCGGUGCUGGGCUGCGCGGGGCCGCUGGAGGAGCGCGCGGCCACCCUGAGGGGCCUGGUGGAGCUGGCCCUGGCGCUGCGGCCAGGGGCGGCCGGGGACCUGCCUGGACUGGCCGCGGUCAUGGGGGCCCUGCUCAUGCCCCAGGUGUCCCGGCUGGAACGCACGUGGCGCCAGCUCAGAAGGAGCCACACGGAGGCGGCGCUGGCCUUCGAGCAGGAGCUGAAGCCGCUGAUGCGGGCACUGGAUGAGGGCGCGGGCCCCUGCGAGCCGGGCGAGGUGGCGCUGCCGCACGUGGCACCGGCCGUGCGCCUGCUGGAGGGCGAGGAACUCCCGGGGCCGCUAGACGAGAGCUGCGAGCGGCUGCUGCGCACCCUGCACCGGGCGCGUCAGGUGGCCCGGGAUGCGCCCAAGUUCCGUGAGGCAGCAGCCCGGCGCCUACGAGGGCUUCUCUAGGAUGACACAGACAGAUCAGAAAGGACAGUCCCGUAUGACUUCACCAGCGGAAAAAAAUAAGUGCUUGGCUUCCAGGAGCCAGGAGCAAGAUAAGCCAGUGUUUACACUGCGAACACUAGCGCUUUACUGCCUGGGUUCGAAUCCCAGCCUGGGCGUUUCCUCGCCUGUGAGUCUGGGUGAAGUUACUGACCUCUGUCUCGGGACACUAAUCUGGAAAAUGGGGAUGAUGAGGCAUGGAUCGCAUGUGAGUGGCUGCAAAGUGAGAAGGGCGUCUCCGUUCAUUCGAAUACAUGCUAUACCCACUGCAUACCAGGCCCCGUGCCAGCCAUCAGAAGUACAGCCCCCAACAAGACCAUCAGGAUUCUGCCCCGGCGAACCGGGGAAUGCCCGUGAACUUAUGUAAAGGAUCUGAAAUAGUGUACGGCACACGUAUCUACACAUGUUCGGCGUUCUUAGCAAUAGUUCCUGUUUCCUCCAAGACUAGAUACACAUGCAGAAGUAGUCACAAGCAUAGACCUUGGAAUGUCAAAUGUGGGGUCCACUUCUUUCCUAAUGCCACAUCCAGGCCACAAAAGAGGAAACAAGCAGAGGUGGGACAGCUGGCAUUGAAGGACAGACUCCACAGCAUGCUCCCUUCACCCCUACAUCCUAAAGACUCAGGAGGCGCCUGGGGGGCUCAGCCGGUUAAGCUUCUGUCCUCUGCGCAAGUCAUGAUCCCGGGGUCCUGCAAUCGAGCCCGCAUCGGGCUCCCCGCUCAGCGGGGCGUCUGCUUCUCCCUUUCCCUCUGCCCCUCCAUAUCGUUUGUGACCUCUCUCUCUGAUCAAUAAAAUCUUUAAAAUAAACAAAAAAUAAAAAGAAAGACUCAAGAACUGCAAGGUUCCGAAUGGAACUUCACACCAACAAAAGCUUCAUACGAUAAAAGUUUUGUCCAAGAGGUUCCACGUCAAUGGCAAAACAGAGCUGGGCCGCCCAUCCAAAAGUAGCAAAAUGUCAUUCCUAUGAUUUAAGAGGACUGGGAGGAGGAUCUUGUUGCUUGGAAGAAGUGAGUACAGAUUUCUUUUUUAACCUGGCAGAUUUUUUUAUUGUGAAUAUUUUAAGUGUUUGAGUUAUUAAACAGAUAAUCCUGUUGUUGUUUUCUUUUA